UUAUUAGAACGCAUCACUUUAUUUUGGAAAUUCGGUUAGAUGUGAGAGUGGUGCAGGGGUGCGUGGAAAUGCAUUUUCCGGGUGCAAGGCGCAGGGGCGGCGCGCGGGCGCGGGGCGCGCGGCCGGGGAGAGGGUGCAUGCGAUGAUGGACAUCGUAUUGAUUUCUAUCUGCCCGCGCCUCCCCUAUUGUACUGCACGUAUCGAUCGCUGCACCGGACUUGAUUCACGACCGUCCCCGCGGUCCCCACAACAGUGUUAAUCGCCUUACGUCACGGAUGCAGUUGCCCAUCAAACAAAACCAAACAGGAUCGCUAUUUAAGAAAACUCAAGCUUUAAAAUCGAAUUUGGAAAUUGCGAUACACACGGAGUACCUACAGAAGCGUUCGGAGAAACCUCAUAGAGCCGAAGUGGUGAAAUUGUUUGAUUGAGAGGGAUACGGAAGGUGUGAAAGUGGCGGCGUUGCUGGCGCGCGCGGAAUGCGCGGGAGUGGAGUUUAGCGCGCGAGCCCGCGCCGACGCCGCCGCCGCCGUGCCGCCCUCCGAGCUGCCGGCCAUGGCCAGCGACACUGUGUUCUCGCCAGGCGGGUCCGCAGCCGGCGCGGGCGCGUGCGCGGGAGCGGGCGCGGGCGCGGGCGCGGGCGGCGAGCAGCAGUACUCGCUGCGCUGGAACGACUUCCACUCGUCCAUCGUAUCGUCGUUCCGCCGCCUGCGCGACGAGGAGGACUUCGUCGACGUCACGCUCGCCUGUGCCGGCGCCACAUUCACUGCACAUAAGGUCGUAUUAUCAGCGUGCAGUCCAUACUUCAGGAAACUGUUGAAGGCGAACCCGUGCCAACACCCCAUCGUCAUCCUCAGGGACGUCCACGACAAGGACAUGGAGAGCUUACUCAGGUUUAUGUACCAAGGCGAGGUGCACAUAGGGCAGGAGCAGCUGAAGGAGUUCCUGCGCGCGGCGCAGCUGCUGCAGGUGCGCGGCCUCACCGACGUCCCGCCGACUGCACCAGUGCCCACACUUGACCAGAAAGCCUCACCACAAUCAGCGUCGUCAUGGACGGAGACGGGGUCGGGUGGGUCUCGGGAGGGGCGGGAGCGCGAGGUGCGCGAGGGCCGGCGCGCGCGCAGGCCGGAGGAGGGCGCGGCCGGCACGCCGCCGCCCAAGCGCGCGCGCUCCUCCGACCUCUACCAGGCGCAGAUGAAGACUAGGUGUAGGACGGAGCAGCUGCUGGCGCAGGGCAGCCCGGAGCGCAACGGGCACGAGCUGCUGUUCGGCCAGGGCCUGGACCAGAGCGCGCACCUCUCCGCCAUGUCCAACAACUUGUCUGGAGACGGCGAAGAUUCAUCGUCAGACGCCGGAGCCAGCGAUACGGAGGGCGAGCCCCGCGCCAAGCAGGAGCCCCUGGACUACGACGAUCCCGCGCACGUGGCCAACACCAACGGAGCAUUGCCUCACAGCUUCCCGGGCCUGCUGAACCUGCAAGGAUUCCCUGGACUUCCCGGACCAUCAGGGAUACCAGAUAACUUCGGCGGUUCGCGGCGGACGCAAGACCUGCUGCGCGUGCGCGCGACGGACCCGCGGCCGUGCCCCAAGUGCGGCAAGAUCUACCGCUCCGCACACACGCUGCGCACGCACCUCGAGGACAAGCACACCGUCUGCCCCGGAUACCGCUGCGUGCUGUGCGGCACGGUGGCCAAGUCGCGCAACUCGCUGCACUCGCACAUGUCGCGCCAGCACCGCGGCAUCUCCACCAAGGACCUGCCCGUGCUGCAGAUGCCCACCAGGUUCGACCCCGAACUUGCCAGCCAACUCCUUGCGAAAGCUGGCGUGAAAGUGUCCCCUGAGCAGCUGCGCGCGCGCGCGUCGCCGACGGGCCCGCGCCGCUGCGACAUCAAGCUGGACGCCAAGUCCGCCGCCUCCGAGACCAGCUCGCUGUGCGGCGACAACGACCACGACGACCUCAGCCAGUCGCGCUACGGCGACCUGCCCGUCUCACCACCAAAUAUAAACAGCCUAGCCAACACGACGAUUACGAAGGUGCCCGCGGUGCGAGCGCUAGCGGCGCGCGCGGCGGAGAGCGCGCACGCGCCGGCGCCGCGCCGGGACGACUACCCCUACACGGCGGGCUCCACGCUCAUCGACACCUAUCUACAGUAUAUCGGAAUGCCAAAUAUAAAUCACCUCGCGAACCUGAACGCGAUGCACAUGGACCGCAAGACGUACGACGAGCCGUCGCCGCAGAUGGGCUCGCUGCCGCCGCCGCCCGCCACGCUGGCGCACCAGAGCUUCCUCAAGCAGAUGCAGCGCAAGUACACGGAGCUGGGCAAGCCGGACAUCACGCGCGACGCCGACGAGCCGCUCGACCUCGGCAAGGAGCGCGCGCGCGCCACCCACGCCGACGCCGACGCCGACGCCGACGACAAGGAGUACUACGGCAAGGAGUUCGCCGAGGACGAGCGCCGCGACGAGGACGAGGCGCCCGACGAGGCCGGCUACGAGGACGACGAGAGGAAGACGUCAUGAAAGACGUUUUGUUGAUCACAAACGGUGCUUGAGUGUUAUGUUUUAGCUGAUUCGUUUCGCAACGUAAUAUCGGUUUGAUUGUUGACCCGUGGAAUGUCGUUGGUGCCAUUUCAAUGUAAAUUUUAAUUAGGUUAAAAGCGGCGAGCGUUAGGUUGUGUGAGAUCACUGUAGGUCCCCGCCCGCGUAGUCCGUCGGCGCCACUUGAUCGCGAGAUUGUUUUAGUAGUUACUAGUAUCCUGGUCGACGGCCAUCUUUUGUAAAGACACCCCUUUUCUACCCCCGAAUGUAAUCUAUUCCGCAGAAGCUCUGGAAGCCAGGCGUGCUAAAUGUUAGACUCCUGGAUUAAAUGAGUGGCCUUGUUGUAUAUUGUAAAAUAUAAAUGGCGACCCCUGGGGCAGCUGGCGGGCCGUCGACCGGACUAUAGUAUUAGGUAGUGUUUUUGUACGUGCAUGUAACGGACCUUGUCACUCGUAGGGCCUUACAUCAUAUUCCAUCCAACUACCUCAGCAUCGGGCCAAUCCGGCGUGUAAAAAUUAAAGAGAAAAUAUAUCCACACAAAUUGUGAAAUUCCAUCCAUCUACCUCACUUCAAUAGAUUUAAUUUAAUAUUUUAUACAAUUUAUAGAUAUAAAUAACUGUUGUUUUAUGUAUUUUGCAGAUUGCAUUUAUAUAUACUACGUAGAGCAUAUAGUAGUUAAAUAUACGCAAGUCAUUAGGUGAUUGUUAGUGCUGCCCAUAGAUACUCGACAUUCUCAUUGCGUUGUGUAGUGCGCACUCUCUAGAGAACGUUAGACUGCCGGCGUGCGCCGUUCGGCGCGGGCGCGGGCGCGGCGCGGCUGCGAGUGUCGCUGUCGCACCGCUCGCCGCACGCCGCACGCCGCACGGCGCACGCCACUCACCGUAGCGUAGCCACCUAGCCUCCGACAUCGAGUGAGCUCGCGACUAACCUAUAUCUACGAUAUCUUGUAUACGAACAGAACGACAGAGCUUAAAACAUACUAUUACUAUUAAAGUGUGCGUCACUGCUGAAAUCUUCAACUGCCUUGAGACUGAACACUUUAUCCAGGGAUACCUUGUUGUUGUCGCAUCAAGUUUUGCGAAUUUAUUGAAAAUGAAAAGUUCAAAUUUGAAACUUAACAAAUCGUAAUAAGACAUAAUAAUGCAUUGUAUAUAAAUUUGAGUGAUAUGUAAAGUACAUAAUAAAUAAACAGAUAGUAACAAAAAGCAAUAAAUAAAGUAUACCUUGAUGUUGCCUUCGGAGUGUUGUAUAUAGGAGGCGGAAGAGGCGCGCCGCCGACUUGCCGCGCGCGUCGCCGGUCGGUCGCCGGCCGGUCGCCGGUCAGUCGCCGGUCAGUCGCCGGCCAGUCGCACGGCCGUGCAGACGCAGAAGGUUUAUUUUGUAGUAAUGAUGUGGGCUCGUUACUUAUAACAAUUACUGUGAUUACAAUCUCAUAAUAGCCUUCAAUACUUAUACAUAUUUUUUAGAGUACAAUGUUAUAGUUAUUUAGUAUAUUAAUAAGUAUAUUUGUAAGCGAGUCACAAAAUUAUAUUUACUUCCCUAAACCUUAGAAUUCACGUUGUUUAAGUAUUUAGAGCAAUAGGUGGAGCAUUUAACCUUUUAUAUGAAAAAUAUUAAGCGUUUAGGGAUUUUUUUUAAAUCGAAUGAACGUCAUUACAAAAAGACUGCGCAAAUAUGCCACUCCUGCCAGGGUCAUUAAUUGUUGUCACGCCACAGUGCUCAGCUCGGGAAUGUAACAUUGGGCCAAAUCAUUAUAUUUAGACUGUUUAUUUUGCAUUUAAACUGUGAGAAAAUAUGACCGGAAGAUUAUUAGCUCACUUUCAACACGGACCAAUGUUACUCUGAACCCUGCCAGUACCUGAUGGAAGUUGGAAUGCACUGGAGAUGGAGUGCAACAACGACUGACUUGUGUCGUGUUGGGAGUUGUAAUGACGUUAGAGGUCUGAGUUAUUGUUUAAGUGUGAGUGAGACGCAUCACUUCGGUUUGUAUACGUUGUUGACCGUUGACAGUGUUGCCAUAGUUGUAUAACCUCGACUGUAUAUAAUAUAAGUUUUGUUUAGUCUUGUACUUAAUAUUUGCAAUUAUUAUGUUUUUAUUUAGAUUUCUUUAUGAUAAAAACAAAUGUAUACUGUUUUCACACGACACAAAUACGUUAUAUUAGCCGAUAGCCAGUUACCAGAAUGUGAUUAUGAAUAGAUAUUAUAUAUUUUUUCAAUACACCCGAUUGCCACAGAUAAAAUAUGACAAAGCAAUACAACAGUUACCAUGGCGACACUAACCCAAAAUCAACCUUUUUAUUGCCAAAUGAACAUUUUCAGGAUAACUGAACCCGCAUGGCGAGUUCUUAUAGACGGAGGUUAAAAAAACCAAAAUUGUUCAAACAUAUAUAAUAAACAUUAAAAUUGUAUUUUUCGUAAAAUCAAAUAAUGCUUUCCUCGCCCCAAUCAGGACAUAGUAACUGUUGCGUUGUAAAAUAAUUAUAUAUAAGCAAACCAGUGAAACGUAACUAGUACUAUAAGUCUACUUUAGAGUCUCGUCGAAACACGUUCUCUCUCACUCUUCUUCACUCGUGAAAGCAUCUAAUGAAAGGGAGAGAAUGGUUUUCGACGGACCGAGUACACGCGUUAGUUACCUUAAUGAGCUUAGGAAGUUCGUUUAGUUUCUUUAUUUACCUACUUACCUCACUAGCAUGACAGUUCAUGUAAAACUCGAUUUAUUAGUUGUAUUGUUGUUUAUUAUUCCAAUCGGCGGGUGUCGUCACUCCGACAUUACCCCGGUACAAGGGCUGGGAUUCAUGUCCGAGGGUCACAUCGCGUUGAUUGCUGUUUAUUGCUCGUUACUUUAAAAGUGAUUGAAUUUGAUGUCAAUUCUAUAUCGGUCACUCUACACUCUAUAGUGCAAAUAUCUAGAGUUGAAUAGCAGAGCUACAUGGUACCACCAUAGCUGUAAACGAAGCAUUAGUCUAUCGAGCGAGACUACAUUUUACACUAAAUAAAUAGCUAUUGGUAGCCUUUACGAAUAAGAUGUGAGCAUUUUUUCUAAAAUGGAAAUAAAAAUUUACCUAAAUACGUUAAGAACUCUUAUUUGAAAAGACUAUCGGUAGAAAUAUCAAGAUAUCUCAAUAUUUUGACGACACAAUAAUAUACGCUUACUUUAGUUUACACGAGAAUUAGUUACAAAAAACGAAUGUUACAAAAAAAAUCAAGUUCUUAUUCAAGUUGUGGUAUCAUGUAUCUCCAAUCUUGCACAGCAAAGAUUUUACAAGUUGCGACCAACCUCGCGGGUUUAUGCUUGUCAUAUGUCUUGGCUGUGCAACGCAAACAUUAGAAUCUCAUAGCGUGCACAAAUGAAGUUGGUCUGAUAGUUAGUCCGCAGGUCGUUUGACGUCAUCCACCGGUUACUGUAAGCUCUCGUUACGUUUCUAUUUACGUUAGACCGUGGAGCGGAAGCACCAUCCUUGUUCACUGGCCAUUAUAAAUCUUAUUGCAUAGUAAUAAGUUACAUAAACGGUUUUUUUUAAUGUGUCGCUAUUAGUAGUAAAGAAUUCGUUGAUGUAACGGCUUAAAAGUCUUGUGCGUUCAACUUUGAACGGAAGUCACUUGAAACAAUGCUUUGUUUCUAAUUAUUGUUGUUAUUGUGAAAUUAAAGAAAUAAGAAAAGAAAGAAGAAUAUGGAAAAUUAUCCAUAAAAUAUUCAACAAAAAACGAGUUCUUUAAUUACUGCUCAAAUUAUUUUGAUGUCAUUGUUUGACGUGGUAGUAGUGGCAGUGUCAGUGUUAACCUGCUCCACGGUGGUGGCAUGCCUGUGGUCCCGAUGGCGGCUGCACUGCACGCCGCGUGUAGCGUAUGGCGUGUGGCGUGCAGCGUGUGGCGUGUAGCGUGUAGCGUGUAGCGGAGCCGCCACGCCACGCCACGCCACACGCCACACGCACGAGCCAGGCUGGCACAGUCCGCGCGCGACCCAAAUGCAAUAACUUCCGUGUCCCGCCAGGAUUGUGGCAGCGCGUUACAAGUAUUGAGUUGAAUAAUUUAUGAUGCCACGCCUUCGCCAUUGUACAUUAGUGUACUAGUUGUACGCCGCUUAAUUCAUUAUUAUUAUAUACAUGGAUAAUAAAAAUAAUUGUUUUGAA